AUGGACCUAGUCGUGGCCCUGGUCCUUGGUCUCUCCUGUCUGCUUCUCCUCUCAGUAUGGAGACAGAGCUCUGGGAGAGGGAAGCUCCCUCCUGGCCCAACUCCUCUCCCAAUAAUUGGAAAUAUUCUUCAGAUAGAUGUUAAGGACAUCAGCAAAUCCUUAACCAAUCUGUCAAAAGUCUAUGGCCCUGUGUUUACGCUGUAUUUGGGCAGGAAGCCCAUGGUGGUGGUGCAUGGAUAUGAAGCUGUGAAGGAAGCCCUGGAUGAUCUAGGAGAGGCGUUUUCUGGAAGAGGCACUUUCCCAGUAAUUGAAAGAAUUAAUAAUGAACUUGGAGUCAUUUUCAGCAAUGGAACAAAAUGGAAGGAGCUCCGACGCUUCUCUCUCAUGACCCUGAGGAAUUUUGGGAUGGGAAAGAGGAGCAUUGAGGACCGCGUUCAAGAGGAAGCCCGUUGCCUUGUGGAGGAGUUGAGGAAGAACAGUGGCUCACCCAGUGAUCCUACCUUCAUCCUGGGCUGCGCUCCUUGCAAUGUGAUCUGCUCCAUUAUUUUCCAGAAUCGUUUUGAUUAUAAAGAUAAGAAUUUUCUUAACUUGAUGGGAAAAUUUAAUGAAAACUUCAAGAUUUUGAAUUCCCCAUGGAUGCAGGUCUGCAGUGCUUUCCCUGCUCUCAUGGAUUUUCUCCCAGGGAGUCAUAACAAAGUAUUUAAAAAUUUUGCUUACAUAAAAAGUUAUGUUUUGGAACAAGUAAAAGAUCACCAAGAAUCCUUGGACAUAGACAAUCCCCGGGACUUCAUUGAUUGCUUCCUGAUCAAAAUGAAACAGGAGAAGCACAAUCAACAGUCUGAGUUUACUAUUGAAAGCUUGUUGGCCACUGUAACUGACAUGUUUGUAGCUGGAACAGAAACAACAAGUACCACUCUGAGAUAUGGACUCCUGCUCCUGCUGAAGCACCAAGAAAUUACAGCUAAAGCCCAGGAAGAGAUUGAACAUGUGAUUGGCAGACACCGGAGCCCCUGUAUGCAGGACAGAAGUUACAUGCCCUACACAGAUGCCGUGGUGCAUGAAAUUCAGAGAUAUAUUAACCUCAUACCCAACAAUGUGCCCCAUGCAGCGACCUGUAACAUUAAAUUCAGAAACUACAUUAUCCCCAAGGGGACAGACUUAAUAACAUCACUGACAUCUGUCCUGCAUGAUGAUAAAGAAUUCCCUAACCCAGAGACUUUUGACCCUGGCCACUUUCUGGAUGAGAAUGGCAACUUUAAGAAGAGUGACUACUUCAUGCCUUUCUCAACAGGAAAACGUAUGUGUGUGGGAGAAGGCCUGGCCCGCAUGGAGCUGUUUUUGUUCCUGACCACCAUUUUACAGAAUUUUAAGCUGAAACCUGUGAUUGACCCCAAGGACAUCGACACCACCCCCAUUGCCAAUGCGUUUGGCUGUGUGCCACCUUUGUACCAGCUCUGCUUCAUUCCUGUCUGAAGAAGGGCUACUGGCUGCUGCUGUGCCACACCUGCCACUUCUCUUCCUUGGAGGCAUCAUUCCCCUCAUUCUCUCAGGGAUUCCUCCUCUCAGCUCUCCCUCACAUCUCCAUCUCCUCCUGAUCCAGGGAACAUGCAGCCUUCAUUAAGGAGAGUUUCCUGGGUCACUGCAUAAAGUAUAUCUGCUAUUCCCUGUACUCUGUAACUCUUGCAUCAACCACAACAGAUGCUAAUAUUCAGUUACUAACAUGCUAUCAUGGUAAAACAGCACAAUAACUAGUCUAUGACAAUUCAGAGCCAUGAAUUCUCUGCAUGUUUUGAAUAAAAAGUACUGCCGUU